AUGGCUGAAGAAUAUGACGAAGGCCAAAUGAUGGAAGACGGUGGCCCUGGCGCUCCUGGUGCUCCCACACCCCUCACUGCCCUCGAGGGUGUUGCUGGACUGACAAAGCGAGAUAUUCAAUUAAUCAUUGACGGCGGCUUCAACACUGUGGAAUCCGUGGCUUAUACACCAAAGCGCAUGCUGGAACAGAUUAAAGGCAUUUCGGAAGGAAAGGCUACCAAGAUUCUCACAGAAGCCUCAAAACUCGUCCCCAUGGGAUUCACAACAGCCACCGAGAUGCACCACCGACGAAGUGAAUUGAUCUCGAUAACAACUGGAUCGAAGAACCUUGAUACAUUGCUUGCUGGUGGUAUUGAAACAGGCUCCGUGACGGAGCUUUUUGGCGAAUUCAGAACCGGAAAGAGUCAAAUCUGCCACACUCUGGCAGUGACAUGUCAACUGCCUUUUGAUAUGGGCGGUGGUGAGGGCAAGUGUCUCUAUAUCGAUACCGAGGGAACAUUCCGUCCUGUCAGAUUGCUUGCAGUAGCCAACAGAUUCGGUCUUUCUGGUGAAGAGGUUCUGGACAACGUUGCAUACGCGCGCGCUUAUAACUCGGACCACCAGCUGCAGCUGCUGAACCAAGCCGCGGCCAUGAUGUGCGAGACUCGUUUCUCUCUCCUCAUUGUCGACAGUGCCACGGCGCUCUACCGUACCGAUUUCUGCGGUCGUGGUGAGCUUUCCAACCGUCAAACACAUCUUGCCAAGUUUAUGCGUACGCUGCAACGUCUAGCCGACGAAUUCGGUGUCGCUGUUGUCAUUACCAACCAGGUCGUCGCCCAGGUGGACGGCGGCCCCAGCGCCAUGUUUAACCCAGACCCCAAGAAGCCUAUCGGAGGUAAUAUUAUUGCCCAUGCCAGUACUACUCGAAUCAGCUUAAAGAAGGGUCGUGGAGAGACGAGAAUUGCCAAGAUUUACGACAGCCCUUGCUUGCCAGAGAGUGAUACGCUAUUUGCCAUUGGUGAGGACGGCAUUGGCGACCCUGCACCCAAGGAUAUGGAAGAGAAAUAA